UCCUCUUCGACGCCCUCAAAACCCCCGGCGCCGCCCCGGGGCGAGCGGCUGGUGAGGCGCGCCGUGGGCCCCCACCCGUCCCCUCCGGCUCCGACCCCCGCACCCGGCGCCGGGGGAAGGGGAAAAGCCGCCGUUCGGGCCGGGAGCGGGCGGAGGAUGGAGCUCUCGACCCCCACCUACGCCUUCAACGACUCCGAGUGGGACGACUCUUCCCUCUACGACCUUGACACCUACGAGGUCUCCCACGGGCACCGCGCCGUCCUGGUGCUCUACGCCAUCAUCUUCCUCCUGGGGGUCUUCGGCAACGGCGCCGUCAUCUGGGUGACGGGCUUCGAGAUGCGGCGCACGGUGAACGGCGUCUGGUUCCUCAACCUCUCCUUGGCCGACCUCAUCUGCUGCUUGGCCUUGCCCUUCCUGGCCCUGCCGCUGGCCCAGGACCACCACUGGCCGCUGGGGCGCUUCGCCUGCAAGCUGCUGCCUUCCCUCACCAUCCUCAACAUGUUCGCCAGCGUCCUCCUCCUCACGGCCAUCAGCGCCGACCGCUGCGCCCUGGUGACGCGGCCGGUGUGGUGCCAGAACCACCGGUCGCCGGCGCUGGCGCGGGGGGCUUGCGCGGCCGCCUGGCUGCUGGCCGCCCUCCUCACCCUCCCCUCCUUCAUCUUCCGCACCACCCGCACCGACCCUUUCUCCGCCAAGACCACUUGCGUCUUGGGUUACGCGGCCGUGGGGCGGCACCAGCGCCUCACCGAGCUCGUCACCGCCGUCGCCCGCUUCGUCUGCGGCUUCCUGGUGCCCUUCGCGGUCAUCACGGGGUGCUACGGCCGGCUGCUGGCCCGCGUGCGCAGCAAGGCCUUCGCCCGCCCACAGAAGGCCGUCAAGCUCGUCCUGGUGGUCAUCGUCGCCUUCUUCGUCUGCUGGUUGCCCUACCACGUGGUGGGCCUGAUCCUGGCCUCCGCCUUGCCUCACAGCUCCGUGUACAAGCGCGCCGUGGAAGCCGACGCCGUCGUCACCGGCAUCGCCUACGUCAACAGUUGCAUCAACCCCGUCAUCUACGUCAUCGUCGGGCAAGACUUCAAGGCCAAGCUCCGGCGCUCCUGGCGCGCCGCGCUGCGGGGGGCGCUGGGCGACGACCCCCCCAGCGCCCCGGGCGACAGCAGGGCCAAGACCAAAUCCACCGUGGACGAGACAAGCGUCAGCGUCACGGUGUGAGCGGCUGCCGUGGGGAAGGGGGGGUCCGGCCUCGGGAGGCCUCCCCCCGCCCGGCCCCGGGACCUCCUCUUGCCGUGCUUGGUGGCCGGCUGAUGGCGAGCGGCCUCUGCCCUUGCGCGGGGUGCUGCGGCCUCCCCCGGCCUCCCUUGUCCUCCCCCGUCCUCCCCCAUCCUCCUCGGCCUCCCCUGGCCUCCUCAUCCUCCUCGGCCUCCCCAGCCUCCUCAUCCUCCUCAUCCUCCCCCGUCCUCCCUUGUCCUCCUCGGCCUCCCCUGGCCUCCUCAUCCUCCUCGGCCUCCCCUGGCCUCCUCAUCCUCCUCGUCCUCCCCGUCCUCCCCCGGCCUCCUCGUCCUCCCCUGUCCUCCCCCAUCCUCCUCGGCCUCCCCUGGCCUCCUCGGCCUCCUCGGCCUCCGCCAUCCUCCUCUGCCUCCCCCGGUCUCCUCGUCCUCCCCCAUCCUCCCCCGG